AUGAGUUCCCGAGGAAAUUUAUGUUAUAAAUGUAAUCAACCAGGUCAUUUUGCACGAGAAUGUCCAGAUGGUGAUGGUGGCGGUGGCGGUGGCGGUGGUGGUGGCAGUCGUGGCGGAUAUCAAAGUCGAGGUUCGUACGGCGGCGGUGGUGGUUCAUAUGGUGGAAAUCGAGGUGGUUCAUAUGGCGGACACCGUGGAGGUGGUGGUUAUGGCGGCGGUGGUGAUCGCGGCGGCGGUUCAUAUGAUAGAUCAGGUGGUCGCUGUUUCCGUUGUAAUCAAACCGGCCAUUUUGCUCGUGAUUGUCCAUCGGAUAGUAAUCAACCUGUCUGCUAUAAUUGCAAUCAACCAGGUCAUAUAAGUCGUGAUUGUCAUGAACCACGCGCAAAUAACUAUGGCGGUGGUGGUAGUGGUGGUGGCUUCCGUAGUAAUCGAGGCGGUGGCGGUGGCGGUGGCGGUGGCGGCGGUGGUGGCGGAGGUAAUUGUUACCGAUGUCAAAAACCAGGUCAUUUCGCACGUGAUUGCACUGAGCCUGAUACACGUGGUGGACAAGGCGGUGGCAGUUCCGGAAAUCAACAAGGUGGCGAUGAUGAUGACGGACAUUAG